AUGGUUCACUGCGAUGGACUCAUGCUGUGUGUCUGGAGUGACAAGAAAAAAUUUAAAUUCCACAACAUCGCCCUUUGGAAUCUCCUCACAAGGAAUUUCAACUUGGUCGAGCCUAGGCUCGCUCGAGAGGCUCAACGGUUCCUGAUGGAUGAUCACUUCGGGAUCGGAUACGACGUUAACAAGCCUCGAGGUAAUUACAAGAUCUUGAUGUUUUCAGCUGAUCACUAUGGUGAAGCAGUGGUGGAGAUUAACGAGUGCAUGUCGAAAUCAUGGAAAACGCUUGAUGAUUCCAAGGUUGAUUGGGAAGCAGAUCCCUGGUGCAAUGGUGUCUCUGUCGUGGGCUCCUUCGAUGGGGAUAAACUGUCUUUGCUACAUCAAAACCAAAACUAUCCAAGUCCAAUCGAGGUGUGGAUUUCGAGCAAGCUGGCUGUUGGGAAUGUCACGUUUGCCAAAUAUUUCAGGGUGUCCAGCCCUGAUCUCCCGGCGUUUCGUUACCUUACAUUUUGGCCUUAUCCGGUAUACUGCAUUGCCAAGCACAAACGUAUCAUCGCAUGCUACGUCUAA